AGGAGGCAGCGGAGCCCCGGAAGCGUUACACAGCAGCGCCGGGCCUUCCGCAGGACGAAAGGAGGAAGGGAAGCGAGGGCAUUCGCGAUGCCGGACUACCUGGGCGCCGACCAGCGGAAAACGAAGGAGGAGGAGAAGGAGGAGAAGCCCAUCCGCGCACUGGAUGAAGGAGAUAUUGCCUUGCUGAAAACCUAUGGCCAAAGCACAUACUCAAGGCAGAUCAAGCAAGUAGAAGAUGAUAUUCAACAACUGCUUAAGAAAAUCAAUGAGCUCACAGGAAUUAAGGAAUCUGACACCGGCCUGGCUCCUCCUGCCCUUUGGGAUCUGGCUGCAGAUAAGCAAACUCUCCAAAGUGAGCAGCCAUUACAGGUCGCCAGGUGUACAAAGAUCAUCAAUGCAGACUCCGAGGAUCCCAAGUACAUUAUCAAUGUCAAACAGUUUGCCAAAUUUGUGGUGGAUCUCAGUGACCAGGUGGCACCUACUGACAUAGAAGAGGGCAUGAGAGUUGGGGUGGACAGAAACAAGUAUCAAAUCCACAUCCCUUUGCCUCCAAAGAUUGAUCCCACAGUCACCAUGAUGCAAGUGGAAGAAAAGCCAGAUGUCACUUACAGUGAUGUUGGUGGUUGUAAAGAGCAGAUUGAAAAGCUCAGAGAGGUGGUUGAAACCCCUCUGCUUCAUCCCGAAAGAUUUGUGAACCUUGGAAUUGAGCCUCCCAAAGGAGUGCUUUUGUUUGGGCCACCUGGUACAGGCAAAACACUUUGUGCUCGCGCUGUUGCUAACAGGACUGAUGCCUGCUUCAUCAGAGUAAUUGGAUCUGAGUUGGUGCAGAAGUACGUGGGAGAGGGAGCUCGAAUGGUUCGUGAACUCUUUGAAAUGGCCAGAACUAAAAAAGCUUGUCUCAUAUUCUUUGAUGAAAUUGAUGCCAUUGGAGGUGCUCGUUUCGAUGACGGGGCUGGGGGUGACAACGAGGUGCAGCGCACCAUGCUGGAGCUGAUCAACCAGCUGGAUGGUUUUGACCCACGAGGCAACAUCAAAGUGCUGAUGGCUACCAACAGACCUGAUACUCUGGAUCCAGCACUGAUGAGGCCUGGGAGGUUGGAUAGGAAGAUAGAGUUUAGCUUGCCUGAUCUUGAGGGGCGAACUCACAUAUUCAAGAUACACGCUCGUUCGAUGAGUGUUGAAAGGGACAUAAGAUUUGAGCUGUUGGCUCGACUGUGUCCUAAUAGCACAGGAGCUGAGAUUCGCAGCGUCUGCACAGAGGCAGGAAUGUUUGCGAUCAGAGCACGUCGAAAAAUUGCAACUGAGAAAGACUUCUUAGAAGCAGUGAACAAAGUCAUUAAAUCCUACGCGAAGUUCAGUGCUACUCCCCGCUACAUGACCUACAACUAAUACCCUGGAAAGAUUUUCAUCGUUCUGUAGUUUAACUUUCUGUAAAACCGAAAUCCACGUGUAGCCAUUCAUGUCUUGAUCUUGGAAGCAAGAAAUAAAUGAAAUGUUCCAAACAACA